AUGGCCAAUUCCUCGCAAAACAAGGGAAAGACUCCCAUUCUGUUGCUCAAAACCAAAUCAUCUCCCCAUGAUGGAUACGAAGAGUAUUUCUCUUCUUUUGACUAUGGCAGCUUUGAUCCAGUGUUCGUCCCUGUUCUCGAGCACAGAUUCAAGAAUGAUUCACUUCAGAAAGUGAGAGAGUGCGUGGCCAGUGGCGGCCUCGCUGCAAAGGAGGCUGAAGAUUUCAUAUCGAAGUAUGGCGCCGUGAUCUUCACCUCUCAACGAGCCGUCGAAGCUUUCACAAAGGUUAUCAAUCACAUCCGGAGUACGACACCUGGAUCUUUGGAUGGCUUACUCCCGGCCAGCACGCCACUUUAUGUCGUUGGGCCGGCUACAGCUCGAGGCUUGCGAUCAUUAAAUCUUCGGUGCCCGAUUUUGGGCGAAGAGAGCGGCAACGGCGAAGCUCUGGCAGCUUUCAUUCUCAAUCAUUAUGAUACAAUCCACAAGGGUUCGCCAAAGCCGCCAAUUCUAUUUCUUGUUGGUGAAAAGAGAAGAGAUAUAAUCCCCAAGACGCUAGAGUCAGAAAGUCUACCGCUGGAGCGCAGAUCGAAAGUAGAUGAGCUCGUCAUCUACGAGACAGCAGAAAUGCAAUCGUUCAAGUCACAUUUCUCAUCGAUAUGGAAGCAAAAUACUGAGCGCGGGCUAGAGCAGCAAUGGGUUGUAGUUUUCUCUCCCACCGGAUGCAAAGCAAUGCUCGAGAGUUUGGACAUGCUGGACGGCAAUGGCAAAGUCAAAUCUGAUCCUAAGCGGCAGGGAAUAUCGAUUGCUACUAUCGGGCCUACGACCCGAGACUAUCUGGAGACUGAAUUUGGAUUUACCCCGGAUGUUUGUGCAGAGCAGCCGAGUCCGGAAGAUUCUAUCAGCGUACAAAACAAGGGACUGGAUUACUUUUACGAAGUAGUUUGCAUCAAGCCGACGAAGUAUUACAUUGUUAGUCACGUUGUGACGUCGCGUGAAAGACGCGUUUCUCGUGCAUACUUCACAAAAAUGUCACGAAUACGUCAUCAUCUCGCGAGUGGGGUUAAGGACCACAGACGCCCUCAGUUGGCCGCGACCUCAACGACGUGUCUACUUACAUACACUGUGCGUCUCAUUCCCAUUGCGCAUAAAGAUCGAUCAAUUGCAGUCUGUCCAAAGCAGCACCCUGUUGUUUCGUUCUAUUAUAUCAUAAGUCAAAAUGAUACCAUGGCCAGAACAAAUCUCAGAUCACAGAAUAAGGAUCCAGCUUCGGGGACAAAGCGCAAAGCGGAUGCCAAUAGCUCACCCGAGUCUAAGCGGGGAAAGGACGAUACGAAAAAGAAGCAGAAGACUAUCGAGCAGACUGUGCUGGGAGAAGAGCAUAGUGAUGAUAAAAAGGACAAGGAUCUGCCGAAAGAUGAAAACGAAUCCGACGAAAAGCUCGGAGGGGAGGAAGAGGAACCUUCUACCGAGGGCGAAGAUGGUAACAUGGAGACGGAGACUAAUGGCAAGGCUAUUGAAAAGUCACCGGAACGUGCGAAAGCCAUGCCGUCGAAUAUCCUCGAAAAGGGUGUCAUAUACUUCUUUACUCGGAAGCGUGUAGGCAUCGACGACGCAGAAAGUGCUGCAGACCUAAAGCGCACAUACUUUGUCAUGCGACCUCUUCCCAUCGGUGCCAAAUUGGGCGAGGGAUCUAUUGACGAGUCCAAAAGCAACCGCCUCUUCGCACUUCCGAAGAAAGUAUUUCCCAAGACGCCCAAGGACAGGUUCACGGCGUUCGUCGAGAAGGCCAACACCACCAUGAAAGACCUGAAAGAGGAGUUCUUCCAGGGAUCGACGUAUGAAACGCAGACCGCCGGAACGCGCCACAACCACCCGAUUAAUACAGUUGGCGAGGGUGUAUAUGCUAUCACCCGGGUGGAGAACUCCACUCACCUGGUCUACAUGCUUACCAUCCCGUCCGAGCCAGGAGAGGUGCAGGAGGAGCUCGGACUACGGUCGCAAGGUAGUUUUGCCAUAAGCAUCAAGAAUCCCACUCGGAAAGGUCCUGCCAAUGCAAGUCUUCCACAAGGUCCAGAUUUCCCAAAAGAAAUCAUAGAAGAGUUCCGAGGACUGGCAUGGGCAGAAGUGAAACCGAACUACCUCGACUAUCCCAAUGCUCAGAUCCUUCUCAUUGGCGAAGCGAACAACAAUGACCUUGGGACAGCGGUCGAACCGACGUCCAAAGAUCAGAAGAACGACGAUAAGGAGACGCCGCUUGAAGAGAUGGAGAAGCUAGAGCAUGAGGACGAGUUGAGGGUUCAGCACCUGCAUGGCGAUGACUCCGUGUUCGAUGAUCUGAAGAUGAGCAAGUCGGAAUAUCCGAAGGUUCCUACGACCUGGUAA